AGGCAGUAGUAAAGGCAGUGUCCAAAGGCAGUGUGUGGCGUCGUCGUAACCUACGACAUCCACGUUGUUGUUGUUGUUACAUGGUUCCAUUUCAUCUUUAAAAUUUGCGACUAAUAGCGACCUUUUCGCCACACGAAAGGGUGAAUGGGAUGCCAAACGUAAUCUGGUUUAAAAACUCUCCUGGUUCAUGGUCGUGUUGCCGUUGGAGCAAAACAUUUGCAGUUCUACAGAAGAUCUUUCAAUCUCACUACCGGUGCUCGGGCUCGGGUUCUGCUACUGCUAGUAUGGAUGGCAAUAAAUCCAACGAUGCCAAUACUUUAGAUAUGAAGCCUGUAGGACAGGAGAUUAUUUCAGUUUCAGAAGGCACCAUCAAAGAGGGGAAAGCAGAAAUUCUCAAAGAAUCUUCCAAACACGUAUUUUAUAACCCUGUGCAAGAAUUUAAUAGGGACUUGAGGCAUGUAUUAAUAGAAUUAGAGCUUUCUUCUGUGCAUUUCUAUUUCAUAUUAUGUCUAAGAUUCCUCUGUUGCCCCACUUGUCAGCCGUAUUUUCUAAACAUGUUAAUCUCGAAGAAUAAAGCUUAUAUUGUGAGGCUUUUCGGGCUACUUUUUACAUUCAUUAUCACUUGCAGCAUUUUGGUACUGUCGAUUCAUGCUCAAGACCAUUUCAAUCAGAAGAGGAUCAAAAAGGAGAAGGAACUAAAAAGAAAUGCCUCAAAAACUGAUGAAUCUACUGCUACUGUAGAUGAGCCCAAACUAGAUUUAAGACCUGGUGAAACAUAUGAGGAUGGAAUGGUCAUCUUAGAAGCUCUGGCAGCAACUGGUUUAAGAAGUAUCCGCUAUGCUAAAGAAGUUCCUGGUGUGAAGCGCAUAGUUGCUAAUGAUCUUUCACCCUCAGCAGUGGAGAGUCUAAAAGCUAAUAUUGCGUUCAAUAAAGUUGAACAUUUGGUGUCUCCUAGCCACAAUGAUGCAUCGAUGGUUAUGUAUCAAAACAGACCUCCUUCCCCAAGAUUUGAUGUUGUUGAUCUGGAUCCUUAUGGCUGUCCCUCUCAGUUUCUUGAUGGGGCUGUUCAAGCAGUGGCAAGUGAUGGUCUUUUGAUGGUGACAUGUACAGAUAUGGCUGUUUUGGCUGGAAACUCCCCGGAGACUUGUUACUCAAAAUAUGGAGCAAUAUCUUUGAGAAAUCCAUGUUGCUAUGAAAUGGCUCUACGAAUUGCUCUUCAAUGUAUUGAAUCCCACGCCAACCGUUAUGGGCGUUAUAUUACACCACUUUUAUCAGUCAGUGCAGAUUUCUACAUCAGAAUGUUUGUUAGAAUAAACAGCAGCCCAUCUAUUUGUAAAAGAAGUAUUAACAAACUGUCCAUGGUUUAUCAAUGUGUUGGCUGUGAAACAUUGACUUUACAACCACUGGGUGAAUACAAAAACAUUAACCCAAAUAAUCCAAAUCAAAUGAAAACUGUGUUGCCUCAUGUACCUUCAGUUUCUGAAAACUGUCCACAUUGUGACAUGAGGUAUCAUGUAGGAGGACCCAUAUGGAAUGCCCCCAUCCAUGAUAAGGCAUUUGUAACAAGGUUGUUGGAUGCAUUGUCUGAGGAAGAGGCUGUUGAAAAGUUUGGAACUUGUAAACGCCUUGAAGGAAUGCUUUCUGUUGUGGAAGAAGAGCUUGAUGACAUACCAUUGUAUUAUAAACUGGAUCGUUUGUCAUCUUUAAUGGGAGUAUCUACCAUGCCUGUUCUAACAUUUAGUUCUGCGUUUCUUAAUGCAGGCUACAGAUUGUCCCAAUCACAUGUUAAGCCAUCAUGCUUCAAGACAGAUGCUCCCCAAAGUUUUGUGUGGGACAUUUUGCGGGCUUGGGGAAAAGACAAGCCAGUAACUGAGAAACAAUUGAAGGAAGGUUCUAUUAGUUCUAAGCUUUUAAGUAAGCCCAUCUCUUCAACAAUUGAUUUUACUAUACAUCCAGACGCCAAUCCAGAUUCGAGACAAAAGAGGAAGUGCAGAUAUCAAAUCAACCCAAUAAAAUUCUGGGGGCCAGGCAUCCGAUCAAUAGCAAAUCUUCAAGAUGGGUCAAUUCAAGAAAAGCAGAGACGUAAUCAAGGUAAAAGGAAGCGUAAACAGUCAGAAGGUGUGGAAAGGGAAGAUGAUUCGAAAAGAAUCCCCAGCGAGUGAAAAAUGCCUUCCCAGUCUUUACAGAAGCUCGAAAAUGCACCAACUUUCAAAUUAUAAUCAAUCAGGCAUGUGUACAUUUCAGACUGUAGAGGUUGAAAAGUGAUUGAUUAAAUAAAGUACAUUUUUGCAUUAA